AUGUCACAUCCAGCUUUUCAUCUUCCUUCUAUUGUUAAAAAAGAGACUUCACCUAAAAAAGACUUAACUAUAAGAACUAUGAGACCAUCUCUAUUUCUAAAUUAAUUUGAAGUCCUUCCUUAAUCUUUGAAAACAGAGGGAGAAGUUACAGAUAGGAAUAUUGCAAAUAAAAUGUAUACAUAAUGUGAAAGUGAUCCACUUAUUGAAAUUCCUUAUCAUUUUUAAUUACCGAAAAUAAUCACAACUAAACCUAAGAGAUAUCAAAGAUCAUUACCUGAAAUUCCAAUACUUGAUUAAGACUCUAGAAAUGCUACACCUGUUGAAUUUUAGAGGCAAUAAAAAAGAACUAAGCUAUUUCUAAAAAGAUAGGAUUCUAAAAUAUUGGCACCAGUAACAAAAUUUUAAAGAAAAAAAGUGGAAUUUAAGAAAUCUUUAAUUGUGAUAGAUAUUGAAACUGGAAAUUAAGAUAAGUAAAAAAUCACUGAAACAUAAAAACCUUUAAGAAGAAUAGCACAUCAAAAGACUAAAUCAUUUCAAAUACGAAAUGAAUGA